GUGAAUCAUUUAAGAGUGGUAUAAGAAAAAGAUGGGUUGAGUGGAUAAGCAAUAGUGAAAGAGAAUAUACAAAAAGUGGAAACCACAAAAAAGCAACAUAUGAGUUGAUUUGUAAGUGGGUAUCUGAAACAUGGAAAGAAAUUAGUCAGAAACUUUUAAUAAAGUUAUUUGAAGCAUCUGGGCUUACUUUAAAUCCCGAUAGAAGUGAAAAUGACAG